AACAGCUUUUUCGACUCCUGGGCAUCCUUUUCCACUGGAUCGGUCAGCGUCAGAUAUCAUUUACAGAUAUUCCACCGAGCAUCUAUCGCUGGAAGAGGGAUUCAACAGUCAACGUCUUUGCGUUACAUUCACACGCGAAAUCAUUUCGACCUCGAUGAUGCAACCUCCAUCACCCCAGUUACUCCGAGCCCUGCGCGCCAGCAUCUCCGGCGUCAACACUGGCAGUCUUUGCUCAACUGUCCCUCGAUCCCGCUGUGCCAUACGACCCACUGCUCUAUUAGGGUCUUCCCGCCGCAACAACAGCAACCAUGCCCGCCCGACCCGAAUGAUUCCUCGCUCCCAUACGCCAAAGCCAACCAGCCAUGACCGAGGCCCACCGUCAAAGGAGGACACGCAGACAGAUUUUGCCGCGCUCAAUGUACUAGGUAACAUCCCAGCGCCGACGACCGCCAUUGAUGCCUGCCUUGAUUCCGGAUUCCAUCUGAAUAGUGGGGUCAAGGUGACCGGUGGAGAUGGGGUCCUGCUCGUUGGCGGGGAGGCUUUCGCCUGGAGGCCCUGGAAAGUCAAUGAGGGUGCGAUAUCCGACAUGUUGAAUAAAAAGGGCCAGUUUGAGGUGGACGAGCAGGCGUGGGGGCUCCUGGGGCUUGUGUGGCCUCGUCCUGGUGAACUUGCUGCUUAUUGGUAUGGGGCUUCGGUGUUUCCCUUGUCUCCUGAAACAAGACGACAUAUCAAUUCCCUGGGUAUUCGUGUUGAGGUGCUGGAUACUCGGAAUGCGGCUGCGCAGUUUAAUAUGCUUGCGACCGAGAGAGGCGUUUCGGAGAUCGCUGCAGCUAUGAUUCCUAUUGGGUGGACUGGGAAGUAG